AUGACAUCCCUCCAAUCCCGCAAACCAUAUUCACCUCAAGAAUUAGCAAAACUAUAUCCCGAUGAGCUUGAGCUUCAACAAGUUCAAGUACUAUUCCGACAUGGCGAACGUACUCCAAUAUCAGCAAGGUUUCAAAAUGCCGGGCUCCCAAAAUUUUGGCCUUACUGCUCCAUUGCUCGACAAAUGGUUAGCUCAACCGUGGAAGCUUGUGGUAGCAAAGAUCAAUGGAGCAAUCUACAGUGGCAAAGACGGAUUGAGACUUUUGACAAAGAUGACAGCGCUAUUUUGGCGACUGGGCCUGAGAAGGAAAUUGAUUCUUUGUGCACCAUGGGCGAACUGACAGAUUCGGGAAGAGCCUCAACUUAUAAGCUUGGAGAACGACUCCGAUAUCUUUAUGUCGAUCAGUUGAAGUUUAUGCCCGCAUCUUUUGAACACGUAGGAAGUGUUCACCUUCGUGCAACUCCUAUCCCUCGUGCUCUUGAAUCUCUGCAGCAGACAUUUACUGGGUUUUACCCACCCACUACUCGUGCUUCUUCACUUGGACCUGUAACAAUAAUGACAAGGACUGUGGAUGAUGAGACUCUUUAUCCGAACGAAUUCAAAUGUCGAAGAUUUCAUCAGCUCUCGAAGGCAUUUGCACAGAGAGCUGCUGAACGAUGGAAUCACACGUCCGAAAUGGAUUAUUUAAACAGGCUCCUAGGCAAAUGGAUGCCAGAAAAUAGCAAGAUAAUAGCAGUAGAUUCACAUCCUCGUAUUUCGGGCAUAUUGGACACGAUAAAUUCAACAUUGGCCCAUGGUCCUCAAACUAGGUUGCCCAAGGAAUUUUAUGACCCGCGCGCAAGAGAAAUAUUGGAAAAAAUUGGCAUCGAAGAAUGGUUCGACGGCUAUAAAGAGUCUCAAGAAUACAGAGCACUAGGAAUUGGUAGCCUGAUGGGGGAUUUAGUUGACCGUAUGGUUAGUUGUACCAAAGCAUAUAGGAAUAAUCAACGAGUAGAUGGUCAAGAUAAAAUGACAUUAAUUAAUAGUGAUCAACAUGAUGCCAAGCUAUCAUUGAGUGGGUGCCAUGAUACUACACUCGCCGCUAUUUUGGCAAGUCUAGGAGCCUUCAACUCCAAGUCAUGGCCCCCUUAUACGAGCCACAUAGCAUUUGAGCUUUUUAAAAAAAAGACUACUGCAACCAAAAUUACUGCAGAAGUUAGCAAGCAAGAUGAUUCCAAUGAUAAUUUCAUGAGAAAAAUUCACAAGGUAUUUGAAAAUAAGCUUCAAGUUCCUACAGUGCAAACCCAAAAUAAAAGGCAAAAUAUCCAAGAUUUCAAGCAAUCAGAUCGCUCAAAAAUCCAAGGGUACUACGUAAGGUUGAGAUACAACGACGAGAUUAUGUCUAUUCCUGGAUGUACAAAAUUAGGCAAUCAUCUUGAUGGAGAUGAAAGCUUUUGCACAUUGGAAGCAUUUAAAUCGAUAGUCGACAAGUUCGUACCAAUUUCAUGGGGCAAGGAAUGUGAAGCAAAUCUGAAGGCCCCGGCUUUUCCUGCAACAACACAACCACCGGGAAACUGA